AUGUCGCUACCUGACCCCACCAAAGAUCUCGACUGGGGUGGCUACCUCGGAGCUAUCCAUGAGAUAUUCCACAAGAAUGCCGUGGCCCAUCCGGACAGACCUUGUGUGACGGAGACCAAGACUGCCAAGGCGCCGACAACAACAUACACCUACCGCCAGAUUGAUGAGGCAAGCAACAACAUCGCCAAUUAUUUGCGCGAUGCUGGCAUCCAGAAUGGAGAUGCAGUCAUGAUCUUUGCUCACCGCUCAGUUGAGCUGGUCUGUGCCUACAUGGGGACACUGGCUGCUGGUGGCAUUGUGACCGUUCUUGAUCCUCAAUAUCCCCCACAGAGACAACAAAUUUAUCUUCAAGUCUCUCAACCCAAGGCGCUCAUAUCCAUCCGUAAGGCUACCGAGGAGAGCGGGCCUCUUGCUCCUCUCGUCGAAAAGUACAUUGAUGAGGACCUUGGAAUCAAGAUAAAGAUUCCGGACCUUCGCUUCACCGACGAUGGUGUGCUGACUGCUGGCGACCGGGAUAGCGGCGACGUCUUUGCCAACGUCAAGGAUAGGGCCUCGACACCUCCUGAUGUGCUCGUCGGACCUGAUUCGAACUGUACACUGUCAUUUACGAGCGGAACCCAAGGUUUGCCAAAGGGUGUUCUUGGUCGUCAUUACAGUCUGGCGAGGUAUUUCCCAUGGAUGGCCGAGAAGUUUGGCCUCUCCUCAGAGAGCGUGUACGCAUGUCUUUCCGGAAUUGCCCAUGACCCAAUCCAGCGAGAUAUCAUGACACCCCUCUUCUUGGGCGCCCAGCUCCUGAUCCCUGCCAAGGAGGAUAUCCAGCACGAGAAACUGAGUGAAUGGAUGAGAGAGUGGUCACCGACGACGGCUCACCUCACACCUGCCAUGGGACAGAUUUUAGUCGGUGGUGCCACAGCCCAGUUCCCCAACCUGCGUCAGGUCUUCUUCGUCGGUGAUGUCCUCACCACUCGCGACUGUAGGGCCCUACGUAAGCUUGGCCCCGCCUGCACCAUCAUCAACAUGUACGGAACCACAGAAACGUCUCGCGCUGUGUCCUACUUUGUGGUCCCUUCUGCUCAGGAGGACCCGGCGGCCCUGGAUCCGCUCGGCGACUCCAUUCCCGCGGGCUGGGGGAUGAAAGAUGUCCAGGUGCUGGUUGUGGACCGAGAAGAUCGCACAAAGAUCUGUCCGGUUGGCGUAGUUGGCGAGAUCUAUAUCCGUGCUGCUGGGUUAGCCGAGGGGUACCUCAACGAUGCCGAGAAGAAUAAGGAGAAGUUCGUUGACAAUUGGUUCGUGAGCAACGAAACGUGGAUAGAGGCAGACAAGGUCAACGACAAGGGCGAGCCUUGGCGCAAGUACUACAAGGGACCACGAGACAGACUGUACGUCACGGGCGACCUCGGAGAGUAUAGAUCGGACGGUGCUAUCCGUGGAUUCCGCAUUGAACUCAACGAGAUUGAUGCGAACCUCAGCGGCAGCCCUCUCAUUCGCGACUGCAAAACCCUGGUUCGAAGAGAUCGUAAUGAGGAGCCGACGCUCGUCAGCUACAUCGUUCCCGAAACUUCCGAGUGGAAGCGCUGGCUUGAGACCCAGGGCCUCCAGGACAUCGAAGAGGAGGGCGUGGAGAUGGGACCCUGUGUCGUCUACCUCAAGAAGAGGUUCCGCCGCAUCCAAGCCGAGGUGCGAGAUCACCUCAAGUCUCGCUUACCGGCGCACUCGGUUCCGUCGAUCUACAUUGUGUUGCAGAAGCUGCCUCUCAACCCCAACGGCAAAGUUGACUCGCCUAAUCUGCCCUUCCCGGAUGCCUCCCUUAUGAUGGAGGAUGCCUCAGAGGAGGAUUUAAAGAGCUGGGAGAGCCUGUCUGAGACUGAAAAGACUAUUGCGACGCAGUGGUCAACUCUGAUCCCGGGUCUGAACGCCCAGACAGUCAGACCGGAGUCGAGUUUCUUCGACUGCGGUGGUCACAGUCUUCUCGCCCAGCAGCUUCUGCUUGACCUUCGCAAGAACCUAGACGUUGACAUCACCAUCGGCGUUCUUUACGCAAACCCCACUCUUCGUCGUCUGAGCACCCAAGUCGACCGUCUGAGUAGCGGCCAGGCUGUCGCAGUCGACCAUUCCGAUGACGCCGUCUACUCGGACUCCCUCGAUGAUCUGACCAAGACCUUGGACGCCAAGUACCAGAGCGCGGACCCCGGCACUCUGAGCCCCUCCAACGGUGCCACUUUCUUCCUCACCGGCGCGACGGGCUUCCUCGGCGCAUACCUCGCCAAGGACAUUCUCGACAGGAAGAACACCAAGCUCAUCGCGCACAUCCGUGGCGCCAAGGACCUCAAGUUCGCCAAAGAGCGUCUCACACGGUCCCUCAAGGGCUACAGUCUCUGGCAAGCCGCCUGGGAGGACCGGGUCUCGUGCGUGAUUGGUGACCUUAACAAGCCUCGUCUUGGCCUCGACGACGCCAGUUGGGAGCACGUCGCCAGCACGGCCGACGCGUUCAUCCAUAAUGCCGCCUAUGUCCACUGGAUUGCGCGCUACGAACAAAUGAUGCGCCCCAACGUGCUCUCCACCAUUGACGCCAUGAAGCUCUGCAACGAGGGCAAGCCUAAGCUCUUUGCGUUUGUCUCGUCCACCUCGACGCUUGACACGGAUCACUACGUGCACCUAUCGGACGAGCAGACGGCCACCGGCCGCGGCGCCGUCCUCGAGGCCGACGACAUGAUGGGCAGCCGCACCGGCCUCGGCACCGGCUACGGCCAGACCAAAUGGGUAUCGGAGCAGCUCGUGCGCGAGGCGGGCCGCCGCGGGCUUCGCGGCGCCGUCGUCCGACCCGGCUACAUCCUGGGCAGCCGCCACGGCGGCGUCUCCAACACGGACGAUUUCUUGAUCCGCUUCUGCAAAGGCUGCGUGCAGCUCGGCGCACGACCGCGCAUCGUCAACUCGGUCAACGCCGUACCCGUGGACCACGUCGCGCGCGUCGUCAUCGCGGCGGCACUGAACCCGCUCUCGGACGUCACCGCCGGCGGCGUCCACGUCGUGCACGUCACCGCCCACCCCCGCCUGCGCAUGAAUGAGUUCCUCUCCACGCUGGGCUACUACGGCUACGAAGUCCCCGAAGUCGACUACGACGACUGGAAGGCGCAGCUGGAAGCGUUUGUCUCGGCGGGUGCCGUCGAAAAGGACCAGGAGCAGAGCGCGCUCAUGCCGCUGUUCCACAUGGCCACGGCUGACCUCCCGAGCACGACGCGCGCACCGGAACUGGACGAUCGCAACGCCGUGGCGGUGCUCCGGGCCGACGCGGACCGCUGGACGGGUGUGGAUGACAGUGCCGGCGAGGGCAUCACGCGCGAGGAUAUCGGACGGUAUCUCCGGUACUUGGUGGAAAUUAAGUUCAUGGCGGCGCCAACCGGGCGCGGUCGCGAGUUGCCUGCGAUUGACCCUGCGAUUGCGGAGGCGCAGGCCCAGUGGGGAGUUGGUGGUCGCGGGGGUGCGUCGUAA